CGUGCGUAAAAACUUGUAGCCAUUUUGCGCCACGGCAGUCUACAAGAUGUAUGCGAUGCUGUGUCGUUACUGUUUUCUGUGGACGGUUUACUUUUGCCAAGGUGCUGAAUGUGUUGAUUUGGAUGAGUACAAUACUACACUCCUGCCCGGGAACACCACAGCUUUUGACGGCGAUACUAUUUCCCUCACAUGUUCCACAAAUCUUCCAGCUACUUACCCUUCCCAGUGGGAGAUCAAUUCUCAAGCAUAUGAAAUAACACGUAUUCCAGACGGUUUUAACGCCAGCGGAUUAACCCUUGAGUUUGAAUUUAUGGCGGAAAUUAAGUUUCGCUGUUUGUUUAGGUUAUAUCUCGAUGGCUCUGUUGUUGAUAUUUGCAGUAGUAUUACGACUAUUACGCCAACACAACCUCGUGGAACACAAGACUAUAGUCUAUGUCCAUUGGAAAACAUAACGUUUUUAAAUAAUUUGGGCGUUUUAACAAUUAAUAUUGGUCUCAUCAUAUAUGAAAAUGACAGAUAUUUUUCUGUCAAUCUAUCAAGAUGUAAUGAGCCAACAAGCAAUAUUUUUAGAAGCUAUGAAGUAUUAGAGAACCAAAGUGAGUUGUUGGCUACCAUAAGAUUACCAGAAGAUUUUUAUGGAGAGAACAUCAACAUUACCACUGUGGAUGACAGCAGUGACUGUGCAGGGAUGGUAUACAUACCCAUGUUCAACAGAACAGUGUACAAAUCUAUUCCAAGCAGCUAUAGUGGAACUCUUAUUGACGAAUUGUCCAAUGACUAUGGUUGUGAUUUUGUUCUUGGGCUUAACUACAGAAUAUGCAUAUACUCAAAGGUGUCAAAUAUGACCGAAUGCUUUCGCAACCCUUGUGGAAAUGAUCGAAUUUAUACAUCAUUAUGCAAUAAUACCACCCCCAAGAGCAACUUAACGAAUAAUGACAUUAGUCUUGAAGUCAAUGGAGCAGAAAGUGGGACUAUAGUUUCUAUCUUAUGUCCAGGGAUAAUUUGCAAUGGUGGUAAUCCCAGAGAUAUAUUGCUAUUCAACGUUGGAAUAUUUGUAUGUGACGAAAAUGCUGAUAGAGUUGAUGGGGUUUGUGUAUGUAAGGUGAAUUACACAGGAGAUGGAACACAGUGUGAAACACUAGAUCCCAGCAUUCCACUGAACUUUAAUGGUACAAGUCUUAACCCUUUCACUAUCAUUGUCUCUUGGGAACAACCUGAGACGACUGAAGGUCAUCCCAUUGUGAGGUAUGAACUGUCCUUAUCUGAUGUUGGUAGUGGACCUGAGUCAAUGAGGAACGUUGAAGUUCCUUCCAGUGCCAACCUGGAGUACAUUUUCAACCAUCUCAAGCAGAACACUACUUAUAAUGUAGUUCUUCAAGCUGUCAAUAACAUUGGUGGUACAGAAAGGAUAAGUGAUCCAGUGAUAAUAAUAGUCACUACUCUUCCUGUGGGUCCUCCCCAGGUCCCGGCUAAGCCCACGGUCACUCUUUUCAACAACACAUCUGCCAGAAUAUCUUGGAUGGAUCCAGGUGGAUAUCCUGAUAACUACACACUUCAGAUCAGAAGUGGUAUGCAGAACUGGACUGAUGAUGGAAGGACCAGUGGCAUCGAAAUGCUCUUUUAUGACCUGAAUGAACUGACACCUCUCACUAUAUAUGAUGCCAGGGUUUGGUCUAUCAAUUUUAAUGGACCAUCAGGCUUGAGUUUACCCACCAGGUUUCGCACUGUUGGGAUGAUAAUAAUUGAUAGAGGAGAAAAUAACACACUACAGACUACAUCUGGUGAGACAGUGACCCUCAUUUGCUCCCUAGAGCACCUUGAUGAUGAUGAUAGCCUUAUCAGCUUUAACUGGACCAGACAAGAUGGUUCUACCCUGCCUCCAGGCUCCCACCUAAAUGAUAGUAAAGACAAAAGGGAGGGACAUAAAAAUGUUACCCUUCUAUCCUUUUCCCCUCCCUCCUCUCUUUCUAGUCCUUUCUUUGCUCUUCUCUCCCCCAGUCAUUUCUCUCCUUUACCCAUUCCCCUCCUUUUUCCUCCUCUUUCUGUGCUUUCCGUUACUCUUCUUUGACUCUUUCUCUGGUCCUCUUCCUCUCUCUCUUUCUCUCUGCCGUUCUACCACCUAAUCAAAAUUCCCCAUUGAGGUGUGCUGACCAUCCCAGAGACAAAGGUAGAGGACAGUGGUGUUUAUGUCUGCUCUGCCAGUGGAGUCCAGGGAACAUUCAACCUCCCUCUAUCAAGUCCAGUCCUGGUGAUGGUGGCAAAGAUCCUGACUUAUCCUGUGGAGCUAUUGCUGGCAUUGGUGCUGGCGUGGUCGUGGUCGUGGUCGUGUUCGUGGUCGUGGUCAUGGUAAUUGUCGCCAUUAAAAAAAAAGUGUGCAGGAAAUUUUUCAAUUGUGUCACAAAUACUGACGAUGGUAGGUAAAAGCACGGAUGAGAUCGAAAAAAUCUCCCAUUUUGUUUUGUGUUGUACGAAUGUUGCUCUAUUGUAUAGGUGGAAAAGAAGAUUUUGAUAUGGGUAAUAAAGGAAAAGGCACUAAUUAAUGAAGGAUGAGAAGGUCAUCAGACAUGACUUACAUUAACUUCACUAGUUUGUAUAAUGUGUCGUGUCUCCUGGUUAUCCCACUUUUUUUAUCCAGCUAUCUAUGUUCAAAUCACAUACUCUGCUCAGUGUCCAGUAAAAUAGUGUCAUGCAGCUGUAUAAGUGUCGUUCGAAUGCUUGAUUAGG